AUAAAGGCUGAUAUAUUUAAAUUGAAAAAUAUAAUAAUUACAUUCAGUGUCUUUGAAUUUCCGAUAUGUAACUACAUAUAUGUUGAAAUUAUAUUUCAUAUCAAAAAUAAAAGUCAUGAGUAAGUAUAUACUUUCAAACUGUUCAUUAAAUUAAGGAUUAGAUGAGAUGAAGAUAAGCCCUCCCCCCCAUGUUAUUCAUUGCAAUCACCAGUUUCACAUAUGUUAACAAGCAACACACAGCUAUAAAAAAAAGACCACACCUAGCCUAACCUCAGAACAGAUAUUUCAAAAUGCAGGGUGAGAGAGAAGCUGACAAUGCUGAAGUUAGACAGCGUAGGCCUGACAUCCCCAGAGUGAGGCUGGAUAUAGAAACCCUGAAUGAGCAGCAGGUGUUUGAAAGUUUCAGGCUCAACAGGGAGAAAAUAUAUCAGUUAUAUGCCCUGUUGCAAGAUAGGCUGGAAAGCCAGGGCUAUUCAAGCAGGGCUGUCCCUGGAAUGACCAAACUACUAGGGGCACUUCAUUUUUUGGCUUCUGGAUCCUUUCAGGUGACAGGGGGCAUUGUAACUGGGGUGCAUAAGUCCACUCUUUCUAAGCAUCUUUCAAAAGUUAUUGAUGGACUUUAUGAUAAUUGCAGAAAAUUUAUUUUUUUCCCCACAUCACCCAGAGGUUGGCGUGAUGUUAAGAGGGACUUUUUUCUUUUAGGUGGCAUACCCAAUGUCCUUGGGGCCAUUGACUGCACUCAUAUUGCCCUAAGACCCCCUGUGCGCAGGGAGAUAAUAUUUAGAAAUAGGAAACACUUCCACUCCUUAAAUGUGCAGAUUAUAUGUGAUGCAAACAUGCGCAUAUUAAAUGUUGUGGCAGGGUUCCCAGGAAGUAGCCAUGAUGCCUACAUCCUCAGGAAUUCUGGUGUGUGGAGAUUGUUUGAGACAAAUCAAAUGCCUGAAGGACAUCUCCUCGCAGAUUCUGCAUAUCCUCUUAAAAAAUGGAUUUGGACACCAUUGAAAGAGAACCAGGUUGUUGGGCCUGCUGAAUUAAGGUAA